GACUAUCGGUACUUUUAGUACAUGUGCAGACAGUCUAUUCACGAGGACGUCUUAAAGAAUAUAAUAUAGUUAAAUACUAUAAUACGCGUGUGAUGUUUAGUACAAUAUUAACGUUUUUGUGAGAAUUAUUAUUUCCGGUUAUGAACACAAAUUAACAUACCUAUCUAAAUAUUUCUUAAUAUUUUUGAACGUUUUCACUAGUGUUUGAAGUUUGUAAACUUGUGCAAAUUAUAUAGUUCACGAUAAACCUACUAAAGAAUCAAUAGUAGGCGAUUUUGUUUUAUAAACAAUAAAAAUUAAAUUGUUUGUCAAAAAAUGUAAAAGAUCCUCAUAAUAAUAUGACCGGAAAAAAUCCCUGGGAUACAAAGGUAUCGGUUGCAAGUGGGGCAACGAGUUCCUAUGCUUCAACGACUGACAGCGAACUCAAAUUUACUAGAAAAUUCAGCCAAAGAUAUCGAUGGAGGUGUUGCAUUAUCGAGACGAUAUUAGUGUUUAUGUUGAUAUUUUCACUAUCUUUAUAUGCGGGAUAUGAUUAUUUACAACGUACGUAUAAUGGCGAAGAAAAGAUAUUUAGAGGAGAUUUGAGAGCGGACGAAAAGGGAAUAGAUUUAAUCGACUACGACAACCCAGACAGUCAAGACUACCAACGUUUCGUCUUAAACUACACACAUUUAAUAAAAAACAUAAUAAGCAGUAGUCCGAUACAGAAGAAAUUCAUCGACGCCGAAAUCAUUUCUCUUGAACCCGAUGAGGGCAACUUGAAAGUGCACUUCUGGUUGAGAUUCGAACCAGUCAGAUGGACAGCGUCUGUUACAGUGGAAGAAAUAUUAUCUGCCUUUCGUCGUUUAUAUCCUUCGACGAAAAUCGUACCUGGGAGCUUGCACAUCAAACACAUUACUAACAAUGCUUUGUUAUCUACAAAAUCGUCCACAACGGCACCAGAAAUAUCAACCACCGAAUUUCAUCCAACCACACCGCCCCCGAGACGAUGCACGCCAGUAAGACUGAACUUGUGUAAAUCCGUUUUAGAGUACAAUUUGACGAGCUAUCCUAAUCAUUUUGGACAUAAAAAUUUGGAUGAAAUUCACGACGAUUUGAUUGCAUUCAGAGAUCUAGUAGACGCAGAAUGUUACCAGAGAACGUUGGACUUCGUCUGUCAGCUGCUGCAACCGGCGUGCAAACCGGACGUCAAUCUCGAUCGGGACGAGAUGACGUUGCCUUGCAAACACAGCUGCCGGCUGUUCACCACGGGCUGCGGCCACCGGAUACCAGAGAAAUUGCUGGCCGGAUUCGACUGCUCCAAGUUGCCCGACUACAGCAGCAUCGGAUCGACGUGCACGUCCAAGCCCGGCUGCGAUUACAAGCUCCGGACCACCGGGUUGUCGGGCCGACUGUGCGACGGCGUUCUAGACUGUCCCGACAUGUCGGACGAGACGACUUGUGGCUACUGUCCGGCUGGCUACCUGCACUGCAUCACAUCGCGGACGUGCAUCCCGGCCCGGUCUCGGUGCGACGGCGUGGUCGACUGUCCGGGCGAGGCCGACGAACGCAAUUGUCUACUGAUCUCGCCAACUGGUAGGUCUGUAGACCAAAUGCUGCCUUUGGCCACUAUUGACGCGUAUCCGACUGAAGGUUUCGUGUUUUUCGUCGAACAAGGAAUGUCGGGAAAGUUGUGUGCAGCUAAUUUUCAAACAGACAUUCCAAACGAAAAGAUGUCCAUAGCCCUUCAAACAAUCGCAACGUCACUCUGCCGCACUCUCAACUACCAGAAUCUGACAAGUGUCGAAAUCGUGGACGACGAAGACCUGCAAACAACGACGUCUUCUGCACGAUACGCUCACGUCGUAGAUCCAUUCGCCAGCGAGAUAACUUUCAACCUGGGCACAUGUCCCAGUAGGAAAGUCUUGCGAGUCGCAUGCAACGAAGCCGUUUGCGGCAUACAGACAAACAGGCGACAGAAAUACGGUGUCGACGGUUUGAACAAAAUGGCUUCCCACGGAGACUGGCCGUGGCACGCCGUUCUCUACAAAAGUGGAACUCAUGUUUGCGACGGCAGUCUCAUAUCUUCCGAAUGGUUACUCACCAGCGCUUCGUGUUUUCAAGGGCAAAGCAAAGCCGAAUGGGUGGCGCGUUUAGGAGCGGUGAGGUUGAACGCCGUGUCACCUUGGCAACAAGAACGGCACAUUGUUGGAAUGGUCAAGUCGCCAGUGGAAGGAAGCACGUUAGUUUUGGUCAAAUUAAGUUCACCUGUCACGUAUUCGGAUCACAUUCGUCCGGUAUGCCUGAACGACGAGCAUACGAGUGACGUACCGUUUCAACACUGCCAGACGUUGGGAUGGGCUAAAAAUCGAGACAACCUUCAGAGGAUCGAGGUUAAAGAAAGUUCGAUGGACAGCUGUACCAACAUCAGCAUCACGACGGUGAACGGGUUGUGCUACGAUUCGAUCUACGACCAUAACGAUUGUACGGAGGAGGAAUUUGCUGGAAGUCCGAUGAUGUGCCUAUCGGCCAAUAAGAAGAGCUGGGUCUUGGUGGGUGUCACUAAUUGGCGCAUUGCAUGUUCGGCAGACGGCAUGAUGAGACCUAGGCUCUACGAUCGAGUCAAGUCGAACCACAAAUGGAUAAAUACGGUUCUAAAGGACGGUUAAGCGGUAUAUUAUUAAUUUUUUUUUUGUUCGUUAUGUUUACGUACGUCUAAUAAUGCGUCAAAUGUGAUUUGUUUUAAUUUAUUAUUGGUUCGAUUAAGCUACAUAUUUUAUGAAAUGUGUGUAUGAUAUUAUAUUAGUAUUUAUCAGUUCAUUAUUAUAA